AGCGACCCUCUCUAUUUCAUGGAUUUCAACGCGUUGGAGAAGCAGAAUCUUUUUAGAAGUAAGCUCUUACCCCACAAGCACAAGUUAGUAGGUACCCAUACAUAUCGUGUACAUCGCCAGUCUGCUGGUCAAAUUAAACACAUCGGUCAAAAACAAUGGCGGUGCAACAGGCGAAGGCCCCGCCUUCCCCAAGAGAGGAGCUUCUCAACAGCACAGAAAAUUGUAACCCGCCUACUACAACGAUAACAUCGACGACGACCCCAAAACGGAAAAGUUCCGCCGGCAAAAUUGCUGCCGACCAAGCAUCUUCAGAACGGUGUCAACAUGAGGGUUUUUUCCACGACCCCACCUUUGGUACGAAGACAUUGGACUUGGCUCCGAUGCUGGACGUGACGACGCGGGAGUUUCGGUACUUUAUGCGGCUUCUGUCCCGGCGCAUGGUAAAUUGGACCGAAAUGCACGUGGACCAAACGAUUUUGCACUCCGACAACCUCGACUAUCACCUUGACUACUGCCGCGUCGAGGAGCCCAUGGUGCUCCAGCUGGGCGGCAAUGACCCGGACACCUGCGCAAAAGCGACCGAAAUCAUUGCCGGGGAAAAGUACCAGUACAAGCACGUGAAUCUGAACUGCGGGUGCCCCUCGGACCGUGUCUCCGGGAAGGGCGAGUUCGGCGCGGUGCUGAUGAAGAAGCCGGAAACCGUGCGCGACGUGAUGCAGGCGAUCGCAGAGGCAUGUAAAGAGAAGAACCUCGCGGUCGAUCUCUCGGUGAAAACUCGAAUUGGAGUGGACGACUGCGACAACAGCGAAUUUCUGGAAAAGUUCAUCACCGUCGUGCGGGAGUCCGGAGUUCGAAAAUUCAUCCUGCACGCCAGGAAGUGCAUCUUGAAAGGCCUCACACCGGCGCAGAACCGCAGCAUCCCGCCGCUGAACUACGCCAGAGUGUUUGAAAUGUGCGACAAAUUUCCCGACUGCGAGUUCUGGCUCAACGGCGGAGUCAAGACUCUGCGCCAAGCAAAGGAGCUUGCGUACGGAACCGCGACAACGGUCGAGGAAAGGGAAACAGCGCAGAAGCGAAGGAAGACGUGUCAAAAACAAAACGAGGAGACAAGUGCAGCUCCGGGAGAAGCAGCUCGAAAUGAAGGGAAGCAGGAGCAGAAGGUAGAGCGACCUAGCACUCCUGUUGCAGAAAAUGUAUCUUUGGAGAUGGAGGCCGACACGACUUCCGCUCGAAGCGAGGAAACUGCUGGCCAAUUCUUGUCAGAGUACCCGAACGCAAACUGCCACCCGCGAACGCACGCUCCUGCGAAUUUGCGCGGGGUGAUGCUGGGUCGAGCGGCUAUGGAGAACCCGAGUAUUUUCGCGGAUGCCGACCGGUACUACUACGGAGACACUGAGAAUCCGAACCAAACGCGACGCCAGGUCCUUGACAAGUACUGUGCGUACCUGGAGCAGCUCUAUCCUCCGCAGUGCGUGCAGGCCCAGCAAUCGACUGCCAUGGCCGCAGCUGCGGGAACACCGAAAAGCACGGAAGCAUCUUCGCCGUCGACGGCGCCGGAGCACGAGCAGUCGCGACAAAGUGACGGCACGCAGGAGACAGCAGCGCCGGUUCUUCAGGAGACCGGAGUUGUAGAAUCUUGUUUAAGGCAUCACCAGCACUGCCUCUGCCCAAUCUGUCGCUGCUUGUACAGCGUGCCGUCCGAGCAGCGGAACGACCAGACCUCGAAGGCGAUCGAGGAUGCAACCGCGCAGGCGAUUGAGACGCUAAAGAGCUCCGACAAGGAGUUUCUGGCCCUGGGUGUGAAGCAAUCGCGCAAGAACCGGCACAACAACCCGAACGUCAAGGUGAGCUCCGGGUGCGUUGCCCGGUGCCUGAAGCCGGUGCUCGGUUUGUUUUGUAAUCUGCCCGGAAACAAGCAGUUCCGACGAGACUUGGACGUGUUCAGCCGCGACCUCUACGUGCGCAACUGUGGCGUGGCCUACAUCAUCCGGCGGUGCAUGUCCAGGCUGUCGAACGACUUGCUGGACAUGCCCUUCCGCAGGACCGAGGACGAAACAGACCCGGCAGAGGAAAAGCGGGAGCUGGAUGAAAAAUUUAUGGCCGCAAAACAGCAACAGGACGGAGUAAAUCCCAAAGACCAAAAGUCGAAGCGACGUAAGCUCGCACAAGCAGCGACAUCGCAUGAACCCAUGCAAACGACAUAAGCGCGAAUGAUUCUGUCACCUAGCACAGAAUCCGAUCUGAAAUGUCUGUGUUAGUUGAGAUCACGCUUGAUAUUGAUGUUGACUUCGAAAAUCGAGUACGAUUUUCGCGCGAGUGAGCCGGUG